AUGGAAGUGCAGGAGGUAAGAAAUGAAGCAUUUCAGAUUGUAGAGACAGAAAAGAAGCGUAAAAGAAUAAAAACAAGAAAAUAUCCCAAGCAAGAGGAGACUCACACAGACACGUACAUUCAGCCUAAAAGCAUGCCAAUUUCUGAGUACAUUUCAAAUAGUACUAAUAUAAACCACAAGAUAUAUAGAGACGUUCUUAUAAAUAGAAGAAACGGGGAAAGAGUCACUGCACUAAACCUGUUGAAAUAA